AGCUCCAACACACUCAUUAACAGUACCAACUUGGACCAACUGGUUUGGCUGCUGACACUCCUUUGAACAACAUCAACAACAACCCAUUUACCUUCUAUACAACAAAACCGUCAUUGGUUUUUCAUUUAACGCCUUUUUAUAUCAGUCUGUUUCAUUCUACCUGAAACAGUUUCAUCAACUUUUGAGGACUUUCCUUUCCGGUGUCUGUAUUUUCGAGUUUAAAUAUUCUCGCUGGCUUAAACAGCACAUCCGGCAUUCGAACGAUAUCGCUCGCUUUGAUCACACAACUUGGCCUGGCUUCUUCUUCAAGACCAGCUUAUACGACGACUUUCGACCCUUCGAAAAACGACGAUUCUUUUCAGCGACCUGAUUUAUACUUUACGAUACCCCAUUGCGGAUCUCAAGGCAGCACAAUGAACAGCCGACCAAUGAGCUCAGGCAUGCCUCAACAUCAGAUGGCUCAGGCCCCUGCGCCUUAUAUCCCAUCUCGGGAUUCCAUGGACCGCCACGACUACGGAAUUUCAAAGAACCGUAAGGCUUCGUCGACUGGCGGUGGACGUGCUUGGAGCGACGAGGAAGAGUCAUAUCUCAUCCAAACUCGUCUCCAGAAGAUGCCAUAUAAGUACAUUGCAGCCCACCUCAAGAAGACAGAGUUGGCUUGCCGUCUUCACUACCAUCAGCUCUCUCAUGGCAGCAACCGACGCAACAAGCGUGCUGCCUCAGUCUCAUCGGGUGCCUCCAACGACAUCACCCAGACUCACCAUGUGAACGUCCCCAGCCCUGCACGAGAGACUGUCUCUCGCUCAGUCUCUCCUGGCGGAAGUGUACGAAGUUAUAGCCCUCCUCCCUGCAACGUCAACACUGCCAGCCACAUCCAACUCCCCAGCAUCGUUGGACCUAGCGAUGUCACUCGUCUACCGUCCAUUCUCCCAAAACCAUCUCGCAUGUCUCUCCCACCUCCUGUAACCAACCAGUCAUAUACGACGACGAUGGACGCACCUGUUCAGAUGCCACAUGCUGCCUACCACCAGCGCGCAGCUUCGCUUCAGCGAACAACACCUCCCCUGCGUCUUGACUGCUCAGUUGUGCCUGCUCCUGGACCCGCAUCUUCACCUCCUGCACACAACGCCUCGCAUGUUGAUCUUUCACGCCUUCAUUCCAUCUACUCAACCCACCGCGCAUCUUUCUGGACAACCAUCGCCAACGAGUAUGGUCCUUCAGUGUCUCCCACUGUUCUCGAGCAGGCCUGGAAGACUGGCACUUGCUGCAGCCCUUCUUCUCUGACACCAAUCACCCCCAUCUCAAGCCCAGGCCAGGCCGAGAAAGAUGCACAGAGCCAGUCCUACAGCAAGGGACAGGACAAGACACGGAUCUCUUCGAUCCUUGGAAUCGACGCCGACCCACGAACCGCUCGCGAUCGGGAUAUCGUGAGACGGCUGGAAGAGGAGCGAUUCGGUAUGAUGCAAACCGCUCACUGAACAUUGACUCCCCGGGUCACGUCACCCAGUCUUGAUCCUCAUCCCGUCCAGAGGCGAGGUAAUUUGGAAUGAGGACAAGGUGAGACUGCAGCUUGGUCUCGCCUCAUUGUAUGAUACGCCUCUUGCUUUUCGCAUUUCGUUUCAAUCACGGCAUUGUUGCUCUCUCUACCACCAGAGGCACGCACACGACACGGCAUAUCUGCCACACACUUGGGCAUUUUACUUGCGCCCGCACUCGUUUUCACGAAGUACAUCACUUUCAUUCUUUUCACUGUGCGCCUAUACCGUUCUUAUCUUAUGAACAAAGUAUUGUCUAGUGGUUGGGAUCCAGUUUCGUACUGGAUCCUUGAGGUAAAAAAAAAGGAGGUAGAUGCACGGCAUUUGCUACACGACAUGAAGAGCACUUGUCGGAGAUGGAGGAAGACAAAUACUAUACAUCUUUUCCGUCCUAUGCUUGGAGUAAAGACCUGUCCCGGAGUAGUGGACAGAGUCAUGGAUUUUUCAUUGGUCUCAAUUUCCGGUUUUUUUGACGCUUUUUUUUUCUCACCCGUUUUAUUUGGCUUGCCAUUUCGGCAAAUUUCCUUACAUUGAUUGUACAGUCCUCUUGAUGUUUCGUAUUCAGGACUGAUGAAAUCACGGUGAUGAAAGAAAAGAGCCAAAGCUCAAGGCGCUCGGCCCCGGGCUACUACUACUGAGCGGAUGGGGUUUAUGGGGAGGAGGAUAAUGUUAGAUACACCCUGCCA